AUAAUAUCAAUAUAAGCCUAGAGUCAAGAAAACCCUUAUUUGCUCCCAACCUGUUUGUUCAUCUUUACGCCAAGCUCCAUGCUCUAGUUACUCCUUAGAUUCCCUACUUAAUCAAACUUAGUUCUUUUCAAAGUCUUUUACAUAUAUAUACACACACUUCUUGUUCCUUUUCUCUGCGUGUGUGUGUGUGCGUGUGUUACAUACUUGUGCAUACAUAGUUUUUUUUUUGUUGUAAAAGUGGAUCAGAGAUAUGGAAAAGGAGCAAUUCCACCGGAAGCGUCGGCGGCUGAGAAUCCGACUUGGAACGAGUCUGAUGUCACCGCCAUGAUCUCUUCUCUCAGCCGUGCCAUCGAGUAUCCGACAUCUGACGGACAAGAAAGCUCAGACCCGCCGGUCAAACAAGAGCUUGAUAAAUCGGAUCAACUUCAACAAGACCAAGAUCAACCAAGAAGAAGACACUAUAGAGGCGUAAGGCAGCGACCAUGGGGCAAAUGGGCGGCCGAGAUUCGUGACCCGAAGAAAGCAGCCCGUGUCUGGCUCGGGACUUUCGAGACAGCAGAGGAAGCCGCUUUAGCCUACGACCGAGCCGCCCUCAAAUUCAAAGGCACCAAGGCUAAGCUCAACUUCCCUGAACGCGUCCAAGGCCCCUCGACCACAACCUACGUUGCAUCUCAAACGGGCUUUGAUCAUGCACCAAGAGGAGGUAGUGAGUUAAUGAAUUCACCUCCUCCUCGGCUUGGUCCAUCUACUACUACUACGGCUCCUACUUCGUGGCCAACGAAUUAUAACCAGGACAUACUUCAAUACGCUCAGUUGCUUACGAGUAACAAUGACGUUGAUUUAUCAUACUACACGUCAAGUCUCUUCAGUCAGCAGCAACAGCCUUUCUCAACGCCUUCUUCAUCUUCUUCUUCCACGUUCACUUCUCAACAGACGCAGCAGCAACAACAACAACAGCAGCAGCAGCAUGAAGAAGAGAAAAGCUAUGGUUACCAUUACUAUAGCUACCCAAGAGAAUAAUAUAAUUUUAUUAAUGUUGGUCGGAUCAGUUUUCUAAAUCGCUACCAUUUCGUUCAUGUUUUUUUUUUUUAUAUUUUCUUUCCGUAACCUUUUGUUGCUAAUGGAGGCGAGGAGGUUGCACCGAAAAUAUAAACGAAUAUAUAGGUGUAACAUUUUGUUUUCUUUUUCUCGACUGUUAAUAAAUUUUGGAUUUUUCUGAAGUUUAAUUUUGUGAACUAUAUGCAUGUCA